AUGACCGAGCAGCCUAAGAAGAAGCGCUUUUGGACUGGCUUAUUUCGCAGUCGCAGCAACGCCCAACCGGGCCACGGGCUGGUGGUACGUAGUCUCCCUCCGGCAUUGCUCUCAAGUGCAGCUAAGCUAUGUUCGUGCAUAGCGCUCACCGAGACCUCACAGGAACAGGAGGAGGAUGAGGGAUCUCCCAGAAAGACGAGCGCUGGUGACCUGCUCGACAGCCGAGGCAGUGGCGCCACAGGCACACGCCGUCGACCCCGGCGGCCCGAUCCACGUGACUCCAAGGGUAAAGGCCGGGAACAGUUAAACGGCCAUGUCUACGACCAGCUACCAUUGACGAGAUGGCCACCCUCAGGCAUGUCUGACGACGAGGAGCUCACUCUCGGUCAGGCGAUGGAGUUGAUUUCGAGGGGUGUGCCUACACACAAAGGUCACAAACGGCCCAUCAUGCACGCCUCGGAUCACUAUUACGGCCUAAAUGCGACGACGGCUGGGAAUCACGGCGAUGAGAGCGACGCUGUCAACCAGCAUAAUGCGAUGACGCAGCUGAUGAGUCUACGGGUCCAAGGUACGGGACCGCCUACUUCCCCAUGGGAGACAUUAGAGCAACCAAGCGUUGCCUUUGGCGUUGGCGCCCGGCCGGGUACCAUCACUUUGAACGCUUGGGUGGGCCGAUCGAGUGUAAUGCCGCCGAUGAUAGCAUUGCGUGACCCGGGGAUGGCGCCGCGUGAGGUCAACCUUACGCAAAUCUUUGAGCGGCUCAAGGAUCUUGAGGCUGGCCUGGAAGAUGACGAUCAGGAGCUCAUGUAUCAGCAACUUUACAAGCGAUUCUUGCGAGACCCGGGAAAAACAUCAAGCCCCCAUAAACGUAUGGAGCAACAGAUUACGGAUCUCGUCGUAUGUCUGUCUAGCGGCGACUGGAUUGACUUCACAAACCCUAAGAAUCAGGUCGUUACUAAAUUCAUCUAUGAUACAAGCCCGGCAAAUCACGAUCAAUAUCUGAAAUUCUUCUACCAGGUGCUUCUGAGCUUGGAGCUCGAGCUGCGUAUAAAUUCUAGGUUGCACACCGACUGGGCUAAAGAACGCCUCAUGGGGCAAAUCCCGCCAAAGAUUCAAUGGAACCUAGCCCUGGCGAGACGCUGGAGGGAUAAUAUACGCAUCGAGGAUUACGGCGCGACGGCUGAACAAAUCCGACUACGGUAUAAGUUGAGGAAGCGUCAAACCAAGAUGCUUAAGCGGUUCGCGCAGAUGAUGAAAUGGUCAAAUCUUGCGGAAACGCUGGACGUACUAAAGGAACGUGAUGCGGAAGGAAGCCUACUGACAAUCAGUUCUCAUGCGAUGGCAUUCUUCAGCGGAUUGGUGCUUCCUGGUCCCACGUUCCCCUUCCUCAUGAUGAACAGCCUGAUCGACAUAGAUCCGGAUAAGGCGACGGAUCAUCUCGCGCUACUAACUCACUUGAACCCAAACUGCGGAUUCCAAUAUCGUAAUAGUUAUACGUAUUGGACAUCAACCAGCAUUGUUGGGAAAGUCCUCGCGCCCACUUGUCUCGAGGUCGCCGGAUGGGUCGGUCCCGCCCGUCCCUCGAGUGAUCUCAGCCGCAACCAGAUCGCGCGGAUACGUUGUCGCAGGUCCCGCCAGCGUAUGACCCCCGAGGACACGGCCACCAUGAGCGAGCGCUGCGAUCCGCUCGGCCCGGCUGCAGAGGUAUAUCCCGUGAAGGAGUACGAGCUCUUGACGCCCGACAGCGACGAUAACGUCGACACGGUGCGCAUCGAAAUGCUCAACCUGAAACCCCUCGCCGAAUCCGCCGGGCAGGAAUCGGGCGGCCCGGGCUGGUUCGACGCGAGUCUCCAGUUCGCCAUCGCCGGCGUCAGCUGGCCUCUGCGCCUGAGCUACGACGUGAGCUUCAUCCACGCGUGGCCGUGCUCCGACGGCCCGCACCCGCUGUUCUUCGACUACGUCCACACCGUCGUGCGGGUCGACGAGGUGGUCGAGAUCACGGACUGGGUCCGACCAGCGCCGGUCAACGGCAGCGGAAGCCUGAAGGAUAGGAGCGCCGUCUCGACGCCCGUCGGCGGGAGCAAUGGCCAGCAGAUGAUGCAGAAUAAGACCGUGCCGCAGGACGCGGAUGAUGCCGAGCGCGUGCUCGUCGUCGAGGCGUUUGGUGUCAGGGAUAACGAGGUCCUUGCGCGGGCUUGGUGCUCUCAUUGGGGAUUGAGCGCUGUCGUGGCGGAUAUUGGGAAGACGUGUAUGGCGUGUGCUAUUCGCGAGGCGUAUGCCGCGACUUUAACGGUCGUGAUACUUGUCGAGGAGCAGGGCGAUGGGUUAGAUUAGGGCGCGAUAUUGUCGUUUUAUUUUUAUUUCUGGUUUGGGUGUUGUUGUCGUUGUUAAGGAAAGGGAAGGGAAGGGAAGGGAAGGGAAGGGAAGAAAGCUUGGUGAAUGGAGUCUACGUACAGUAUCUAUGGCUAUACCCACAUUACGUCUUUCGAUGUUUUUUUUUUUAUUUAUUGAUUCAUUUAUUCAUCGC